GCUCUGCUCAGUUCAGUUCGGUUCAGCAGCAUCAGCAUCAGCAUCGCUCGAUUUCACCGCAUGCAAAAGAAAAAGCCAAAAUGCUACGUGACUGGCAUGGAGUGAAAUAUAAGACAUCCAUUCUGUGUUUGCGUUUCUGCUGCUUCCUCUGAUCCAUUACUGACGUGUUUGGGACAUUACAGAACAGCCUCGAGAUCUCAGGGAAUACAUUAGGUUAGCACUGACUGCACCCUGAGUGGACCUCAUCAGCAUGCCGGAGCAGAGCAAUGACUACCGAGUGGUGGUGUUUGGGGCUGGAGGUGUUGGAAAGAGCUCCCUGGUCCUUCGAUUUGUGAAGGGCACAUUCAGGGACACAUACAUCCCCACGGUGGAAGACACGUAUCGGCAGGUGAUCAGCUGCGACAAGAGCGUCUGCACGUUGGAGAUCACAGACACAACGGGCAGCCAUCAGUUCCCAGCCAUGCAGCGGCUGUCCAUCUCCAAGGGCCAUGCAUUCAUCCUGGUCUACUCCAUCACCAGCCGCCAGUCGCUGGAGGAGCUCAAACCCAUUUACCAGCAGGUUCUGGCCAUCAAAGGCAAUGUGGAGGGUAUCCCUAUCAUGCUGGUGGGCAAUAAAAGUGAUGAGAGUCAGCGUGAGGUAGAGACCAAAGAGGGCGAGGCUCAGGCCAACAGCUGGAAGUGUGCCUUCAUGGAGACAUCGGCCAAGACCAACCACAACGUCACUGAGCUCUUCCAGGAGCUGCUUAACCUGGACAAGAAGCGCGACAUGAGCCUCAACAUGCGCUCCAGCAAGCAGCGCAGGGCCGACAAGCUGAAGGCCAAGUGCAGCAUUAUGUAA